AUGGGUCGCCCAGGCGUCAUCUUCCUCCGUGUUCUCCAGGGUCUCUUGGCCCUGGGCAAUUUAGCAUUGGCGGCGUACGUCUACAACUGGUACUCGAGUGUAGCGCACCGACCGAGCCCCGGCGCUCUGCAGUUCCUCGUCUUUGCGCCGUGCGUGUCCAUUGUCUCGAUCGUCUACCUCGAAGUCGCCGUGCGGCAGAAGCGCAUGAUCAUGGCCCACCGGCUGACGUCGAUGGGCGUCGAGGGGCUCAACGCCAUCCUCUACUUUGGUGGGUUCAUCGCCUUUGCUCUGACACUGAGCGACUCGUCGUCGUCGACGGCGGCCUCGUCGUGCGAGGGCCUGAGCUGCACGCUCAGCCGGGCCGUCGCCGUCAUUGCCGCGGCCGAGUUUAGCGCCUGGAUCGCGUCGACGAUCCUCGCCGCGCAGGAGUGGUUCCAGAGCGAGGCGCACAUGAACAAGAUCACGGCCGCACGACGCCAGAUGGCCGAAACGAAUGCGAGGUCUUGA